UAUAUAGGCCUAUAUUUUUUUUUUAAAUAGCUCAGUCAAGAGUUAAGUCCGUUUGGAUACAGUUACUUCCCUUUGAAUGCAUCAUCUUUUUAUUAGGCUUAACAGCCCUUCCAGAGAUUGCCAGGAAAGUUAAUGAAUCACCUCCGUUACCCUGCCCACACCUGUAAGCUGUGUGAGUGUGACAUCUCUGCUGUACUGAGUUAAAAAUGUCAGUCUCUAAAUCACAGUGUCAGCUUUCAGAUAGUGAGAGCUUGACAAAUUUCACAGGUAAAGAGUUGUAUGACAGACUAAGCAAGUAUAUUCUGACAGAGGAGCAGCUACGUGCCAAUGGCUACCCACGUCCAUGUGAAGAUGGCAGCAGUAAAGUUGUGUUUUAUAAAGAAGAAUUUAAAGAUAAUCUUUUGAAAGAAAAUGAAAGAACCUGCACGCGUUGUGGCAAAAGAUACGCUAUAGCAUUAGAUGGCAGCCCAGCUACUGUAGAGAGGUGUAUAUACCACUUUAGCAAUGCUCGCAAACAGAGAGGUUCCUCAGUCUACCUUUAUCCUUGCUGCAAUGCUAAAGUUGGAAGCAGUGGAUGUCAAGUGGCUGAAAACCAUGUUCAUGACAGCAACAAAACAGAUGAUUUGACCGGUUAUGUGAAAACUCGCCCUGGGCAAGACCAUCACAUAUAUUCUCUUGACUGUGAAAUGGUUUACACAAAAGCUGGAAUGGAAUUGGCUCGUGUGACUAUCAUUGGUGAGGACUGUGAAAUAGUUUAUGAGAAGCUGGUGAAGCCAUACACAGACAUCAUUGACUACAACACAAGGUUCAGUGGUCUCACAGCAGCAGAUAUGACAGGGGCAACAACUGCUCUACAUGAUGUCCAGGCUGACAUGUUGACCAUGAUAUCAGAUAAAACUAUCCUCAUUGGUCAUAGUCUGGAGAGUGAUUUUGUUGCCCUUAAGUUGAUACACAGUACAGUUGUGGACACAUCCCUUGCCUUCCAACCCCCACGAGGUUUAACCUUCAAGAGAUCCCUGAAGAACCUUGUUGAAGAAAAGCUACACAAAAGUAUUCAAGCAGAUGGUCACGACAGUAAAGAAGAUGCUGUGGCCUGCAUGCAGCUGAUGCUUUACAAAGUUAAAGAGGAUGCUAAAAGAGAUAUCAAGAGGGUUUAAUCACCAAAGAAUGUAGCCUUUAUCUUGUUAUAUUUAAUUCUUCUGUGAUUUAAUUAUCUAAAUUGUAUUACCAAAGAAGUAUUAAAUUUGUAAAUUAUCAAUAUGAGAUUUUAUUUUAAAAACAAUGUUAAUACUUAUUUACUUACAUUAAAAAUAAAAUGUGUAAUUGAUAGUGGAAUUUGUAAUUUUCUAUUAAAAAAAUAGUAAUAUUUGAGUAGUUUUAUUUUUAGACAUUUAACUGGUAUGUUUAAGCAAAAUGUUCAUUACCAAUCAAUAAUUAGAAUCAAAACCAAAGCAAACCAAUUUUUCAGCAGUCUGAAGAUUCAGAUCCAAUCCACCAACCAUAGUUUCCACCUAUUAAAUAAAAAUUGGAGGAUAUGGGGCAAGAAAACUAAUUUUAGAAUUAUUUUAAUCCAAAAUUUCUUGAAACUAUAGCAAUGUUAAUUUAAAAGCCAUGGAUUUAAUUUUUAUCAUAUAAUCCCUUUAAUAACUAAAAUAAACAAAAAUUUAGAAUUUAACAAAAACGAUUUUCUUAUUAAAAUUGUGUGUAUUUGUAACAACUUGAAAUUAAUUGACUGAUUAAAAUUUUUAAAAAUAUUUAACUUAAUGGUCUACAAAAGUAAAACAAUAAAGAAACCAAGUUUACUAAAUAAUAACUAACAAUUUAUUAGUAUAGGCAAUAUUUUUUCUGAACUACUUUUUAUUUUACAAUGGUUUUUUGUUACCUUUUCAUACUAUAUGCUUUAUUUUAACAUACAUUUUAAGUAAUC